ACGUCAUAACCAAGCGACGACAAGAAGUAGUGGAUGUAAACAAAUAAACAGACAUUGUAGGUAUUAUUCGCAUCUUUGCUGCAUAUUAUGAUUAAAUCCUGAGAACAGAUUUACAAACGACAGUCUUACGGUUUUCAGAGGUUGAAUUGUUCCAUGUUGCAAUUACUUUUUUGACGUUUGAAACGUUCGUUAGGUGGCCUCAUAUCAUUCGGCAUUAUUUGUUUUCUCAUCCCUCAGCCACCAGAAAAUGACAACGCUAACAAGACAAGACCUCAAUUUUGGCCAAGUGGUGGCUGACAUCUUGUGUGAGUUUUUGGAAGUGGCUAUUCAUCUCAUCCUCUAUGUACGAGAGGUGUACCCAUCUGGAAUAUUCCAGAAGAGAAAGAAAUACAAUGUACCUGUACAGAUGUCAUGCCACCCAGAGCUGAACCAAUACAUCCAUGAUACUCUUCACUGUGUAAAACCCCUCAUUGAGAAGAAUGAUGCAGAAAAAGUGGUGGUGGUCAUCAUGGACAAAGAGCAUCAUCCAGUUGAGAGAUUUGUCUUUGAGAUUUCACAGCCUCCUCUUUUAUCCAUCAGCUCUGAUACAUUGCUGUCACACGUGGAACAGUUACUGAGGGCGGUUAUCCUGAAGAUCAGUGUAUGUGAUGCAGUUCUGGAAAACAACCCACCGGGAUGUACGUUUACAGUGCUGGUCCACACCAGGGAGGCUGCCACGCGCAACAUGGAGAAGGUUCAGGUCAUCAAGGAUUUUCCAUGGAUAGUUGCAGAUGAGCAGGAAGUACACAUGCAGGAGCCCAGACUCAUACCCCUGAAGACCAUUACAUCAGACAUUGUGAAAAUGCAACUGUAUGUGGAGGAGAGGGCACAAAAGGCUUCAUAGAUCAAGCUUGACAAAACAAGAUGGCAAUCUCUGCACUGCAGCUGCCACAAUAAUCAACUAGUUGAGGUGUGCAUUUGGAAAAGUGGGGAUCUCUGGAUCUUCAUUCUAAUGCUUGAACUGUGAAAACUUUGAGAAAAAUAGUUUUUUUUGUCAUAGUUUGACUUGGCAAGAGGGGAUAGGCAGAGUCAGUUAUCGGUUCAGUACUGUAUCAUUGCUCAUCACAAUGAAAAUCAUUUUGUAUGUACAUAGUUAUUACAGCAAAGCCUAAGAGGAAUUAUCUGUGGUAUAGUGGGCACUUUUGUUCCCAUUCUAUUUGUUUCCAGUUGGUGUAUAAAGCAAUGUUUAAAUGUACCAUAGGCUGCGUUUACACAAGCAGCGCAAUACUGAUAUCUUUUCCCCUCAUUGGUCUUUGACCAACCACAUCUUUUCACAGAUCUUUUUUCAGAGCUGAUCUGGUUAAACAAAAGAGCAAUUAGUGAAAAAAAGAUCUGCAUUUGGCUGCCUGUCUAAAUGCAGCCCUUUUGUGUUGUAUGAAGCUAUGUUUACACUAUGAUGUUAAUUAUUGUGUUCACGAAAACAUGUUUUUUGGGGCAGUCUCGGGUGGAUACGGUCUACCUGGUUAAAGUUCUAGACCAGGGCUCUCUAACCCUGUUCCUGGACGGCAGCUCUCGAUGAACAGAGUUGCAUAGCCCUGAUUCUAGACAGUCGAUAACAGGAAUGACCAAACAGGUUGCAUGGUUUGAUAUUGUAAGUGUUGAACACUGACAUGCUCCAUAAGAAAGUACUCAACCCAAACUGCAAAAAUGCUUUGUAAAUAAAUGUGGAUUUAGUUGUUUUUGAUUUGUUUAGUAUUUGAGUUUUGUUUUUUCAUAAUGCAUUCUACUUUGGAAAAUAAAGUGUUUAGUAGACUAUAA